GGGGCCGUGGCCGCCUCCCCUCGGCUCCCUUCGGCGGGCGGGACGCGGAGCCGGAGCCGAGCGGACCCGGAGCGGCUCGGAGCGCCCGGCGAGGAGAAGCCAUGAGCCCCGAGGAGAAGCCGCCGCCGCCGCCGCCUCAGGCCGGGCGCUGCCGCGGUGCCCGCCCGCCGCAGCCCCAGCCCCAGCCGCAGCCGCAGCCCCGUCGGGGCGGGCUGCUGUCGGAGAUCCGCACGGCCAUCCGCAGCGAGCCCUUCCACCUGCGGUACCGCCUCAGCCCCGGCCGCGAGCUGGGCAGAGGGAAAUUUGCAGUGGUGAAGAAAUGUAUCCAGAAAGACACCGAAAAAGAGUUUGCAGCAAAAUUCAUGAGAAAAAGAAGAAAGGGUCAAGACUGUCGGAUGGAAAUAAUCCAUGAAAUUGCAGUCCUUGAGUUGGCACAAUGCAACCUGUGGGUCAUUAACUUGCAUGAAGUUUAUGAAACUGCAACAGAGAUGAUUUUAGUCCUGGAAUAUGCCGCUGGAGGUGAAAUCUUUGACCAGUGUGUUGCUGAAAGAGAGGAAGCCUUCAAAGAAAAAGACGUUAAGCGACUUAUGAAGCAGAUCCUGGAAGGAGUUUCAUUCUUGCACAGAAACAAUGUAGUUCAUCUUGACCUAAAGCCCCAAAACAUUCUACUAACCAGUAAGUCUCCUCUGGGAGACAUAAAGAUAGUAGAUUUUGGCCUUUCCAGAAUAAUGAAGAGCAGUGAAGAACUAAGAGAAAUUAUGGGAACUCCAGAAUACGUAGCUCCUGAAAUUCUGAGUUAUGACCCAAUCAGUACAGCAACCGAUAUGUGGAGCAUUGGAGUACUGGCAUAUGUUAUGCUAACAGGGAUAUCGCCUUUCUUAGGGGAUGAUAAACAAGAAACAUUCUUAAAUAUAUCUCAAAUGAACGUAAGUUACUCUGGAGAAGACUUUGACCUCAUAUCAGAGUCUGCUGUGGAUUUCAUCAAAACUUUGCUGGUUAAGAAACCCGAGGAACGGGCAACUGCUGAGGAAUGUCUUCAACAUCCAUGGUUAGAACAAAGUGAUGAACCUAUUUCCAGGGCCUGGAAUGAGAGUGCAGGAGGGGAGAGCAGCAAUGUCACCCAGCAAGAUGCAGAUUCUGCCUCUGAAAAAUCUGUUGAUGUUGAGAAAACCGAGGAGGAAGAAUCAAUAGUGACAGAAGAACUAAUUGUAGUGGCUUCAUAUACACUGGGACAAUGUAGGCAGUCAGAAAAAGAAAAAGCAACUGAGCAGAAAGCCAUUUCCAAACGAUUUAAAUUUGAGGAACCAUUGCUGCAAGAAAUACCAGGAGAAUUCAUUUACUGAACUGUGUGGCGCUUCAUAGCUAUAACUGGAAGGAAGUGUUUUCUGCUAAACAAAAAUACCCUAGCCAAGGGAAUCUCUGAUAUGCAGUAAAUGUUCUAGAUAAAAGAAAUGUUGAUAGGUGGCAUCUAAGGAAAAUGUGCCAAGUUUUUAAUUUUAUGGAACAGAUAAAACAAGAUUUCAAGUGGCUGACAGGAAUUUAAUGAAGAUAAAAGCUUAUUUUUUGUUUGCAAUUUUUGUUUCUUAUUUUUUUUGUCUCUGAGUAGCAGACAAAUUUUGUUAAUUGUUCUAAUGUUCUGGAGAAGUUGACAUAGCAGGUGUUUCAGUAACAGAUGUCAAGAGGAGUAUAUUUUAGGACAUGUUUUGUCAUUGAAAGUAAAUACAUAAUGCUGGGUUUUCCUCAAACACCUUUUAGCACUCCUGACUUCAGUGGAACUAUCUGCUGAUCUUAAAGUGUAUGAGAGAAUUUGACUGACUGGUUUGACAUACAGAUUUCAAAGCUAUGCUCUGUGUAGAUUUCUUUGUUUUCAUCAAGUCCAAAGACUCAGACUUAUUUGGUGUAUAGCCAAACAGUGAGCUGGGUUCCUCUAGCAAGAGAUGCAUAUGUCCCACAGGUAAAGAAAUCUUAGCAGUGAACAAUUCCAGAUACAGUGGUGAUGAUUUUAUUUAUUUGGGAGAGUACAGUAAAAUCCUGCUCUGGAGAGUGAUAAAUGUACUUGUCAGUCAGUCUCGAGAACCAGCAGAGACUGUUCCCUUUCCCUCCUGUAUUGGGCUGGAUGCACUAACAGCACAGCUUAGUGUAUCUGCACAGUGUUGAUGCGUGGGCAAAAAAGAAAGCGACACAGGGUCUGAUGUAGCUCUGCUGGAGUUACUGAACUUCUCUCCACUGACUUCAACAUGUUAGAUCAGACGGUUUAUCAGACUUACGAUAAAUCAGCCCUUGAUUUCCCCCCACCCUGCGAACUCAGCUUGGGUUUUGCUGGGAGCAUGAGGUCAUUGCUGCCUUCUUUCUGUUCCUUUAACAGCUGCUUCAAGGAAGAAAGAAGCAUCCUUAGGCUAAAUUGCAAACCUUGCUCAGUGUAACUAUCAGAGGAAGCAGUAUCUUCUUCCUGAUCUGAAACAACAAAGCACAACUCAUACCUCAUGCUUCCCAGUCGCUCUCCCUUAGACACUUGGAAAAACUGCAUGUGUAUGAUGGGGCAGAGUGGGAUUAGGGAGCUGCGUGGAUGGGUCAGUUCUCAGUGGACACGGUCCCUCAGAGGGUAAAGCUGGGACCAACCAGGCAUCAAAGUUGACAGGGUUUUGCAAUGCAGAAGUCUGAGGAUCUUGGACUGAGUCCUAGUUUUCUAAGAAAUCUUUAAUAUCGUUGCUGUUCCAAAGUUUAUUUUUUAUGUAAUUGAAGUUUAGUACUAUUAUAUUGCAUACUGUUAACUAUUCAACUAUUUAUUUGGUUUCCUAUGCUGUUCCUUUAUAAUAAACCCUGACAAAAGUUUUCUUGCUAUAAAAUAAUGAAUAGAAACUCCUAA